AUGUCUUCCAUAAGCACUCAAAAGGCCUCCCCUUCGUCAUCUUCAACAUCACGGUGGAAAUAUGAUGUCUUUCUUAGUUUUAGAGGUGAGGACACCCGCACUAGUUUUACGGACCAUCUAUAUGUUGCUUUGAAACAAAAGGGCCUAAUCACCUUUAGAGAUGAGGAAAAACUUGAGAGAGGAAAAUCUAUUAAACCAGAGCUCUUGAAAGCAAUAGAAGAAUCAAGAUUUACAAUUGUCAUUCUCUCAAAAAACUAUGCCACUUCAACAUGGUGCUUGGAUGAACUUGUAAAGAUCAUUGAAUGCAUGAAAGAAAUGAAAACGACAGUUUUCCCAAUUUUUUAUGAUGUGGAUCCAUCUAAUGUACGAAAACAAACAGGCUCUUUUGCCGAAGCCUUUUCUAAACAUGAAGAAUGUUUCAAGGACUUCAUAGAGAAUGUGCAUACAUGGAGAGCUGCUUUAAGGGAAGUGGCAAAUCUCAAAGGGUGGCACCUACUAGAUAGGUCUGAGGCACAACUUAUCCAAAAUAUUGUGGGAGAGUUAUGGCAUAAAUUGAGUUAUGCUUCCUUAAAAGAUAUUGAAGACCUUGUAGGAAUAAAAUCUAGAGUGAAAUUCAAGUCACAUUUGGCUAUAGGGUUUAAUGAUGUUCGCAUUAUAGGAGUUUGGGGGAUGGGGGGAAUUGGUAAAACAACUCUUGCUAGAGUUGUUUUUGAUAUGGUUUCGAAGAAGUUUGAAGGUUGUUGCUUUCUUCGUAAUGUUAGGGAGGUUUGUGAAAAAGAUGGUUUAAUUCAAUUGCAAAAACUACUUAUUAGAAAAAUAUUAAAUGAAAGUAUAAGUAUACAAGAUGUUGAUGAGGGACUUUUCGUGAUCAAGAAUAGAUUAUGUUAUAAAAGAAUUCUUCUCGUUCUUGAUGAUGUAAAUCAAUUAGACCAGUUGAAAAUGUUAGUUGGGAAGGGUAAUUGGUUUGGUUCUGGUAGUAGAAUUAUCAUAACAACAAGGGAUAAGCAUUUACUUCGUAUACUUAAAGUAGAUGAAAUAUACGAAGUUAAAGGAUUGAAUGACGAUGAAGCUCUUCGUCUUUUAAGUUUGAAAGCUUUUACUAAUGACCAUCCUCCCAAAGAUUAUCUAAAACUGUGUAAAGAUGUUGUACAAUAUACUAAAGGCCUUCCUUUAGCUAUUGAGAUUUUGGGUUCCUUUUUGGUUAGUAGAGAUAUUGAUAGAUGGAAAAGUACAUUAAAUAGGCUUAAAGAAUUUCCUCAAAGUGAAAUUCUCCAAGUACUUAAAAUAAGUUUUGAAGGACUAGAUGAAGUAGAGAAGGAAAUAUUUCUACAUAUUGCAUGUUUCUUUAAUAAUGAGAACAAAAAUGAUACAAUAGAAAAACUAGAUUAUCUCGGCCUUUACCCUGAUGUUGGUUUAGAGGUUCUUGUGGAUAAAUCUCUUGUGAAAAUGGAUGAAACUACAAUAUGGAUGCAUGAUUUACUACAAGAAAUGGGUAGAAACAUAGUUUAUCAAGAGUUCCCUAAAGAUCCUGGAAAACGUAGUAAAUUGUGGUUGUUUGAGGAUGUUGAAGAUGUACUAACAAAAAAUAUGGUAAGUGGUUAUUUAGAAAACUUCAGCAUGUACCCUAUUGAUUUAUUCAAAAGAGUUUAA